AUGGCUUUCCACACUCGCUCUAACAGCUUCCCCUCAAGGCCACACCUGAUCGCUCAAGAAGUUGAUGAACUUUUGUGCAGAUUGAGGUCUUCCGAGGCCACCUCCACAUCUUCAUCAUCAAUUACCCGCAAGCUAAAUGGUUUACAAGAUUGUGUUGAUUGGUUGCUUCAGUUGCCCUCACUCAGCAAGCCUUGGCCCAAGAGCAGAACGAAAUGGACUAACGAGCUAUUAGAUGGCUCUAUCAGACUAACACGAGGGGGUGAAUCAGGAGCUCUCACAAGUGAGGCGAACAAAUCUCUAAGCUCCAGGAAGAUUGUGAAAGAGGCAAUACAAAAGGCUUUGAAGAAUCUGAAGGGCAUCGAAAACCGAUCCACCUACUCUGCCCUCAACAAGGACCAAGAGGCUAUUGUCAUUGUUAGCAAGUUGAGAGAUGUUGAAGCAGUCACCGCCAUGGUGCUUGAAUCAGUACUGUCCUUCAUCUCCGGGCCAAAGUCAAAGCCAAGCAGCUGGUCAUUGGUCUCCAAGAUGAUGCACCAAAACAAAGUAGCUAGUGACGAAGAAACAUAA